ACUGUCCCAGCAUCUCUCCGACCUCUCACAGCAUGGAGGAUCUUCUCUCUACACCACCCCUUAUCACGUCCCAUUCGCAGCAUCAUGGCGUUUGAGGGUGGGGGGCGGAGCUGUGGUGUUCAUGAACUCAUCUGCGCUAGAAGAGUAUCUCCUGAACUGCUAGGUGUCCUGUCCUCCAUUGCUGUCUUCAUGGUCGUGAUCGCUCUGUUUUUUCUUUACCUCAGCAGCAAGCUUUCAGUGGAGAGCCCAAGCAGUGAGCUGCCACAUUUUGAAGGUUUUAACAAAGGUUUGCAAGAUGGGGGUUGUCCAGAAAAAGGAUCAUCUGAGAGCGAGGACGAAACAACAAAAAGACACAAGGACUCAUCCUCUCAUGAUCAGAGAAAUGGGUGGAGAGACAGGGAUGCUGAGAAUGAGGAUUGCAGCAGUGAGGCCUCUGCUGAUCAAGUUAAAAGGAAAAAAGGUUCAAGUUCCCUGAAUGAACUUCAGCCUCCACCGUACCGGGACAAAGAUGAUCUCAAGGGUGGCUCAAGGGGCCGCAGUGACUCAGCAGAGGGCAGUGGAAGUGAGAUCAGUGAGGACAGUGAAGACCCUGAAGACACAGAGAGUUACCUGAAUAAGGGCUAUGAGGAGGACGCACCUAGUGACAGCACAGCUGUUUUGGGCCCGGAGGAUAGCUUACUUCCACCCCUUCCAGAAACAUAUGAACCAGAGGCACUGGGGAAAUACGGCACACUGGAUGUGGCAUUUGAAUAUGACCCUAGCGAACAACGGCUUGCGGUGACAGUGACCGCUGCCACAGAUAUUCCAACCCUUAAGAGCACAGGGAACAUUUCCUGGCAGGUCCACCUGGUUCUACUGCCCAACAAAAAGCAGAGGGCCAAGACAGGAGUGCAGAAGGGACCCUGUCCCAUCUUCACAGAGACAUUUCGCUUCUCAUGUGUGGAGAAGGAGGCCUUGCGGGACUAUGCAGUCCGGUUCCGUCUCUACAGUGUGAGGCGCAUGAAGAAGGAGAAGGUCCUAGGGGAGAAGGUGUUCUACUUAACCAAACUCAAUCUGCAGGGCAAGCUUGCUCUGCCUGUUACUCUAGAGCCUGGCACAUCUGUUCCUGGCUGUGGGUCAGUGGUGAGUGUCUCUCGUAGUGCGGGAGCUCUGUCAUACCGCUCCACUGGUGAAUCCUCCACUCCAGAGCUUCUGCUGGGUCUCCUCUACAACUCCAACACAGGAAGAUUGUCCGCCGAGGUUAUCAAAGGCAGCCAUUAUAAAAACUCUGCCACCGAUAAACUGCCCAUUGGUCUGUUUUGUUGUGUAAAACACUUCAUUAGUGGGCAACUGUAUAUCAUGAGAGACACUUACGUGAAGCUUACAAUGCUGGACUCCAAAGGGAAAGAGAUGUCCAAAUGCAAGACCUCCGUAUGCCGUGGCCAGCCCAACCCAACCUACAAAGAGACAUUUGUGUUCCAGGUGGCGCUAUUCCAACUGUCCGAGGUGACCCUGCAGGUGUCGGUGUACAGUCGGCGGAGCAGCAUGAAGAGGAGAGAGCGGGUUGGCUGGGUCACUCUGGGCCUCAACAGCACCACGGAGGAUCAAGAGGAGCACUGGACCCAGAUGAAAGAGUCAGAGGGCCAGCAGGUCUGCCAGUGGCACACCCUCCUCGAUUCUUAGGGGUGCAGGGAAACAAUGCAAUGCGGUUUGUGGUCAUCUGAAGGUUUAGUAGCACAAUAUGAGUACAAAUUAAGGGAUUUGUUCACACUAAAUUGAAAGUUCUGUCCUAAUUGACUCCUUCAUGUUGCUCCGAGCCUAUAUUACUUGCUUUUUUCAUGAAACAUCAUCUAUCAUAUGGCUUCAAAAGACAGGCAACUUGUCAUUUUUGAAGUUUGACAGCCCUUAUUUACUAUCUUUAUAUUGAAAAGCAUUCAUGUUUUGUGUCCAUGGAAGAAAGAAAGUCAUAGG